AUGGUCAUCAAAUGGUUUUUAGUUACCAUAGUGAACUCGAUAUUAUGGACUAUAUGUCUAUCUAAGAAUGAAUGUACUAGUACAAUAUCUAAUACAUCAGAAAUCAUUUUUACAUGCUUAUCCGAUGUUAUAAUCAAUGAACUUCCAUUAUACAAUUAUACUACUGAUGAAUUGGCUCAAAUAACAUCAAUUAUAGUAAAUGGUGUUAAUGAUACUACUCGAGGUCCAUUUAUAUCGAUUCCUCCAAAUAUUUGUUUAUUAUCUAAUUUACAGAAAAUCAAUUUUUCAUAUAACCGUAUCAAUCAAGUAGAUCCAGCGGAUGUAUUGAGUAAGUGCUUAUCUACUGUGACUACAUUCGAUGUUAGUUAUAAUAAUAUAUCUGAAUUUCCAUCUGCUAUGAUUUAUAAUAUGCCAACAUUACAUAAGCUUUAUUUUCAACAUAAUCAACUUACUAAUGUACCUGGCAAUGCUUUUUUUAAUUUAUCAAAUCUAGAAAUAAUUGAUUUUUCAUAUAAUUUUUUAACAAAUUUUGAAUUAUGGGCUUUGCUAGUGAAUAUAAGUGCAGACUUUAGCAAUAAUCAAAUUUCUACUAUAACAAAUACUGCCUUUUAUAAUAUAUCUCAAUAUACAUUGUCAGACUCAACAAUUUAUCUCACUAACAAUAGCCCAACUAUAAAUUUAACUGAUGCCAUAUAUGAAAUGUAUAAUUCAUGUAGUGAAGUUUAUUCUUGGCUCAAUUCAUCAACACCAGAUGAAGAAUUAACUAAACCAAUUUUGACUUCGGCUCUGUCAUAUAUUGAUUUUGGAACAACUAGAAUCAAUUGUAGUUGUGAUCAAUCCUAUAUUGUACCAAUGAUUUCUGCGGUUUUUGCUGAUCGUAAUCCAGCAGCAACUCCAAGAAUACCAAUAUAUAGCGCAAAAUGCGUCGAUGGUACACUAUUUGUUGAUAAUACCUGUAACUAUGAUAAUCUGAAAAAUUCAUCUGUCGACUUUUCAAAAGUUUAUCCAAGACAAUGCAAAAUUUAUGAAUAUGAAUCUGGUAAUUUGACAACCAUUUCAAAUAUCAGUGUUCCCACAAUAAAUGUGUCAGCUUAUCCACACUAUGAAAUAAAAUUAAUGAAUCCAGGUGCAUGUUUCUUUACUUUUUCGAAUAUGACUACAGUAAGAAUUAAAUGUACAAAAGAUAUAUCAAAUUCGUCGACUAUUCCGUCCGAAUUACUUGCAAGUAAUUAUUUUUCUAAUAUUACACAUGUUGAUUUCGGUCGUUCUAUCUCAUCAUUACCAUCGUAUAUUUGUUCAUUACCAUCACAUGAUAUUGAUUUGAGUUUUCAAUCAUUCACUAUACUUAAUGAUGAAACAUUUCCAUGUCUUGAUUGGUUUCGUUCAGUUAACUUAGCUAAUAAUCAAAUGACAUUCGUGAAUAUGAACAAUAGUCAUUUUACUAAUUUAACUUCACUUGAUCUUUCAUCAAAUGAACUUACAAGAAUUCCUUAUUCAAUUCUUAUAUCAACAUCAAGUUCUUUACAUUUUCUUAAUUUAAGAAAUAAUUCACUUACUUCAAUCGAUCUUUUUCUUUAUACACUUAAAGAUAUUACAAUCGAUCUUAGAGAUAAUCCAAUCAAUAUUUCAAGUAUUAUCAAUCCAUUAAAUGUAACAUUAUCAUUAGUGAAUAAUACGAAUUCAACAAUUAAUAUUAUUUUUCCAUUAUCGAUAAUUAAUAGUACAUAUAUUUUCAAUGAUGAAACAGCUUUAACUGCUGGUACAUGUAAUCGUUAUGCUGUUCUAGCAUAUCGAGAUAUUCUUCAAUCGAUCUACAAAAAUAUUUUACUCGAUUGUACAUGUGCAUCUAUAAAUUUAAAAGAAAUUUUUCUACGAAAUCAAUCUGAUAUUAUUGAUGAUUUUACUUGUUCAAAUGGAACUUCAGUAGAAAGUUUUUUAACUUUAACAAUUUUCUCUUGUGGAUCGACUGCUAUGAAUUUUUCGUCGGGAUUAUGUUUCAAUGAAUCAUUACAGACAUUUUUGGAUAACACAACAAUACAAUCUUUAAGCACUCAUGUUCAGUUAACUAGUACUUCUCUAACUAUUCUUAUAAUAAAUUCAUCAUUAUCAUCAACUGUAACAAAAAAUCAACAAUAUACAAGUUUACCUGAAUUCGAAGAAACAGGUAUGGACUUGUAUACACUAGAAAUAACUAAUAAUUCAACACAAUUAUCAACUCUAUAUAUUGAAACAAUAAUAUCAACAAAUUCUUCUUACUCAGAAGUUACAUCAAUACCUUCGACAAGUAAUAAUCAUCAAAUGAUUAUUUCAUCUUCAAUAAAUCCAACAACAAUUUUAAUGGAUACUUCAACUACAUUAUCGACCAUACCCUCUCUUUCUAGUACAUUAUUAAUAACUAAUGCAACAGAAACAAUAACAGAUAACGAUAUGAUGAUCAGUACGGACUGGACUACAACGACAACAACGACUACAACAUCGACUUCAACGACAACCACAACGUCAACCUCAACGACAACCACAACGUCAACCUCAACUACGACUACAAGCGCAACAACAAGUACAACUUCGACAUCAACAUCUACUUCAACCUCAACUACAACAACCAGCAUAACUACUACCUCAACUUCGACAUCAACAUCAACAUCUACUUCAACCACAACUACAACUAUGAUGGUUAGAAAUACAAAUCGUACUGGUUUAAUUGUUGGUCUUGUUCUUGGUUUAGUUGGUUUUUUUGCAUUAAUUGGUGGUCUUAUCGCUGCUAUGGUUGUUGUCAAAGCAAGAGCUGCAAGCAAUGCUGCAGUGAUGAAUAAACCGAUCAUUCGAGCAACGGCUAUGAGUCAAGCACCUCAUGAUUCUCUCUUGGAAUCUCGUUUACAAACAAGAAAUUUACGACCUGUUCGAUUGACACCACUUACUACUCAAACAUCGCAAUUGCCUCGACCACCUUUUGGUUCUGUUGCACCUGAGUCGACUACAGGACAUUCUUCAAUGGCAAUAUUACAUAGAUCUGAUCCAGGUAGAUCAUCAAAAGGUAUUCCCCUUCGACUUGAUGCUAUUAGGUCAGCAAGCAGUAUUGUUCCACAAUAUGCACCAAAUUCAUAUACUUCUAAUAAUCCAUCGAAUUUUAAUCCUAUAAAUAAUUCAGCUAAAAUUCAACGUUCUUUUCUUCAACAAUAA